AUGAUUCGGUUUCUUCGGCAUUUGAGCACAAAAUAUGUGUACUCCGACAGAUACUUCCAGCCAAUCAUAACACUGGGAGUCAAAGGUAUAGACAAGUUGGCACCAAAAGAAGGGUCACCAUCUUUUGAUAACCAGGUCUUUUCCAGCACCAACAAUGAAGUACUCAAGAAAAUAGUCAAUGAGUUUUCCAACAGUGGGAUUCAGUUUCUGUUUGGCUAUGGAUCUGGGGUGUUUGAACAGAGUGGAUACAGUGCAUCUGAAAAGUCCAGUAUUCAAAUAGAUUUGAUUCACGUAGUAGAAGAUGGAGUCAAGUUCCAUAAUGUUAACAUGGCAACUCAUAGUUCCCACUACUCAGCAAUCAAGUAUCUACCUGUGGGGAUUGUGAAUCACUUACAAAAUCUUGGUGCAGGCAUCUAUUUCAACCCUUAUGUUCCAAUGCAAUCGUAUUUGGUGAAGUAUGGGGUUAUGUCAAUGGACAAGGCAGUAGAAGAUAUAAGUGAAUGGAAUUCACUUUAUCUUGCUGGGCGACUUCAAAAGCCUGUCAACUACUUGAUAGACAACCGAACCAUCCGUCUUCUAAAUCAAUACAAUCUUAAGAGUGCCCUUAGCCUUGCGGUGUUGUUGAUGAAAGAACCCUAUUUUGAUGAACGACAAUUGUAUGAGACCAUCACUCGAAUCUCAUAUUUAGGUGAUAUCAGAUACAUUUUGGGAGGAGAAAACCCUAAUAAGGUGAAGAACAUUGUUUCGAAACAAUUUGAUAAAUUCCAAGUGCUUUAUUCACUGUUGGUUGAUUAUUUUGUCGAUAGAAGAUAUUUGGUAAUAACUGGUGAAGCAGCUUCUACAUCAGCUUCUGCUUCAGUUUCUUCAGUUCGUCAGUUCUACAAAAAUCUUUCUAAUGAUGAUAGAGUUUAUCUUAUCAGUAAGUUACCUCUUAAUUUUAGAAAGAAACUCUAUGCGUUCUACAUUGAUAAGUCAAUACGGGAAAUAGCAAGAGACCCUUCUCUACAAGAUAAUCUUGUGAAAGUCAUUGGCUCAAUUGUUAGAUGGCCCUCUGUUACUCAACUGUUGAAGGGUGUGGCAACUGCGGGGCUUCUCAAAUCUGCUCGAUACGCUUUAGAGAAGAAGUUAAAGGCAAUGAGAGUUUAA